GGACAGCUGUGGGUCCUGCAGGGUGGGAGGAUCCCUCCAGACCCUGAUUUACCUUGGACAUCUGUCCACUCCCAGCUUUGCAAAACGCUGUGGGAAAGGCAGGCUGGAGAAACCCGAGUUUUCUUCUGUCCCUCACAAACCACAAGCCAGGAAUUAGGACAAGCACGUUCGAUUUUCAGCGUUGUCACUUCACAGAGAGGGAAAGAAUGGUGAAUAACACUGAAGACCCUCAAGAGGCUUUAUAACGUCCCAUCCCCAUGUAAAGUAUGCUCAGAACUUUUCCAGUAGUCCUGCUGGAAACCAUGUCUCACUACACGGACGAGCCAAGAUUUACCAUAGAGCAGAUAGACCUUCUGCAGCGCCUGAGACGCACGGGAAUGACCAGGCAUGAGAUCCUGCACGCUCUGGAAACCUUGGAUCGCCUCGACCAGGAGCACAGCGACAAAUUCGGGAGGCGGUCUGGCUACGGGGGCGGCUCCUACGGCAACAGCACCAACAACGUGCCGGCCUCCUCCUCCACGGCCACGGCCUCCACGCAGACCCAGCACUGUGGGAUGUCCCCCUCGCCCAGCAACAGCUACGACACCUCCCCGCAGCCUUGCACUACCAAUCAGAACGGCAGGGAGAGUAACGACAGGUUGUCCGCCUUCAACGGGAAGAUGUCGCCCACCCGCUACCCCCUGGCCAACAGCCUGGCCCAGAGGUCCUACAGCUUCGAGGCCUCCGAGGAGGACCUGGACAUCGACGACAAGGUGGAGGAGCUGAUGAGGAGGGACAGCAGUGUGAUAAAGGAGGAAAUCAAAGCCUUCCUGGCCAACCGGAGGAUCUCCCAAGCAGUUGUUGCACAGGUAACAGGGAUCAGUCAGAGCCGGAUCUCCCAUUGGCUGUUGCAGCAGGGAUCGGACCUGAGUGAACAGAAGAAAAGGGCAUUUUACAGAUGGUACCAGCUUGAGAAGACAAAUCCUGGGGCCACACUAAGCAUGAGACCAGCUCCUAUCCCGGUAGAAGAGCCAGAAUGGAGACAGACGCCUCCCCCAGUCACAGCUACCUCUGGGACCUUCAGACUACGGCGAGGCAGUCGGUUCACGUGGAGAAAGGAGUGCCUGGCAGUCAUGGAAAGUUACUUCAAUGAGAAUCAAUACCCAGAUGAGGCAAAGAGAGAAGAAAUUGCCAAUGCCUGUAAUGCAGUCAUCCAGAAACCAGGAAAAAAGUUGUCGGAUUUGGAGCGAGUCACCUCCCUCAAGGUGUACAACUGGUUUGCCAACAGGAGGAAGGAGAUCAAGAGGAGAGCCAAUAUCGAAGCAGCAAUCCUGGAGAGCCAUGGGAUAGAUGUACAGAGCCCGGGAGGUCAUUCCAACAGCGACGACGUGGAUGGCAAUGACUACUCAGAGCAGGACACUUGGCAAGUCCGCAACGGGGAGGAGGAGGGAAGAUGUUCAGAGGGAGGCCGAGAAGCAGAGAAGGUAGAAGAAGACAGGAGGAUCUGCUCCAAACAAGAUGACAGCACUAGCCAUAGUGACCACCAAGACCCCAUUUCCUUAGCCGUGGAGAUGGCAGCAGUCAACCACACCAUCCUGGCGCUGGCCCGGCAAGGAGCCAACGAGAUCAAGACAGAGGCUCUCGACGACGACUGAUACAAAGAGAGGGGAGGGUCAAAGCAAGAAGUAACUUAGUUUUAGACGUAGCACCUUAGCAGACUUUCCUCGGUCCUUAAUAUGUGUUCUUACAGUAUAACUUUGCAGUUUCUUGUACGUCAGUUUAGCUGUUAGGGUCUUGUUCUGUGAAGAUGGCAUGGUGCCCUCAGCCUUUGCAUAUACUCUCUCAGUAUUAAUUCCCAAUAAAUAAUCAAUCAACCAACCAACCUCCCCUCUCCCGGCCCCAAGUGGCUAGAAAAAAAACAAAAAAAAACAACAAAAAAAAAACACAAAAAGCAAACAAACAAAAAAAAAUAUCUUGCUGCUCUGUCUUAGCAUUCAAAGUGCUUCCAGGUAUUUUAGACAGCCCUCGAUUCCGAGUCUUAGGCUACACUUAAAAAAACUUUGGAUAACCGUAGAGGUCGUGUUGAAACAAUAGUCCGUACGCUUUCCCUUCCCUGAGACUGAAAGGAUGCAAGCUGAGGUAGUGGCACAGGGUCGAUGGACACCACACUGGGAGCAUCAACAGAGAGUAAAAAGAACACUUAGAACCCCCACUUCAGCCUGGGAAUAAAUGAUUUCCAGCUGCAAUAAGCCGUGCCUCACUGGUCAUACAGUGACUUGAUCUACUUUUGGGUGCUGUGCUGAGAAUGUCCAUUGGAAACACAUUCCCACAUUUUCGGUUGGCGUUCACACAUCCAACACAGACAUCCUCCGCUCUCACAAGCUGCGUGGCUUAGUGGAGAAGUGCUGCCUUCUGCCUCUGGGACCAUGGGUUGAAGCCCAGCCUGGGAUCAAAUGACAAAUGAGCUGAAUGUCUAAUGGACAACAGUCCACUUCUCAGAACCACUAUUCCUUUUUGGCAUGGCUGGCAGUGCCUGCUCAGAAGAGGUCUAGACUCUUACUGAUCUGUCAUUAACUAUUUUCACCUUUUAUUCCUCCUCUCGCCUUCUCUGUCCCCGCCCUCCUCCCCUCUCCACUUUGCCACUUUCGAAAGCAAUGUUUUCCAGGAAGGUUGUUAAGGUCAUAAAAUGGGUGAGUGGAUUUUUUACACGUCCGUGUAACCCAAUGCCUACGUCCUGAGUAGCCUGAAAGGUUAUUGGAGAACUUUUGACACCUGACCUUUGCUAGAGAAAACCGUCAGAGCAUAAAUAUUCUCCUAAAUAUGAACUUAAUUUUGUUUGUUUAAAGGCAGGAGGAUCUCUUACCUGAGAAAUGGGGUGUGAAUGUUUUGUGUUCUCUUUACUCUGUCUUUGUUAAGGUGUGAGAAAGCUAUACUGCUACGAGCAAUUUAAUUAAUAAUUGGAAGCCAUACUGAUAAUGGAUGUGGUAAUAUUUGUAAAGCAAACCUACUUUAAGUAGCAGGAACUAAUGGAAUUGUUUUCCUUGAUCAUAUGUAGCACUUUUGUUACUUUUUUCUUAAAGAUAUUUAUAUUUGAUAAGUCUUUUUUUUAUCAUUUGAGAAUUCCAAAUACCAAACAGCAGACUUGCAUUGCAGAGUCACCCUGCGAUCACCUUGUCAUCUUAGUAUCUAAAUGAUGAACUGUGUGUGCAUCUAAGAAAAUUACAUCUGCUAGCAUUGUGUGGAAAUGAUCUCCUGGCAUCCUGAUAAAAUGAUAUGUUGCUGCCGGUAAGAGGAAACAUUUUGAUGGAAACAGCACGGGAAGUGUUAGAGACGGGCAAGGAAAAAAAAAAAUACGUUAACAAGGAAAAAAAAAAAAAAAUUAAACCUGUGGAAAUUCUUGUACGAGAGGUGUAUAAAAAUCUCCACAGGGUUUCCUCGACAUUCCGUUUUAUCUUCCCAGUUUAUGUGGGAACAGCUUAAAAAAAAAAAGAAAAACAAAAAAAAAGAGGAGAACAGCUCAGUCCUGAGGGAUGGGCUUCCCUUUCCUCUCCCACUUUGGAGGCAGAGGGAACGAAGGGAAGUUGCUCUUAACUCGCCUUGUGCUCGUCCCUUCCUCACUCCGAGCUCUCAGAGAGCAUCGUGAACCCCUAAAAUGUGGCUGCUCAGCAGGUUUUUGGCCAGCCCAAACCCCUCCAGGCACAGGCUGACGAGAUCAGCUUUACAUCUGUUCAUCUGGGGAAAAUCUGCUGACCUGAGUGUGGAGGAGAUUCUGUGCUUUCAGAGGGCACCGGGUUGGCACCUCUUUGUCUCUGUACCUUUGAAGAUAUAUAGGUAGGGCUUGGCCUCGACUCUCACUUAUGGAUUUCAUUGGAAAAUUUAUGUGCUUUUCCUUGGAUAUAGAUCACUGAAGCAGAAUGAAGCCGUCUUUUUUUUUUUUUUUUCCCUCUUUUAUUGCAUUUCUCCAGUAGGCAAAUUCAUAAGUAGCACUGGGGCGGACUCAGGAAAGGCAGGACUGGGAUCAGCAACGUUGCACCACUGCGGUUCUUCUCUUACUGCUUUGUAUGAAUGUUUUGGUACUAAGGAGUGAAAGGACGGGGAGAGCUUUUAUUUCUAUUUUUGCACAGCAGAAUGAUCGAGCAAACUCGAGCCUUAGUGGAAUUUUACCUACUUAUUCAUUCCACAGUCACACACCGAGCUGACAAGCAACAUCCACGAUUUAUAGUAAGGAGAUUUUAAUAAUCGAUGACCCCUUUACGUUAGGCUUGCCACCACCAUUUGUUCUGGCUGUUUCAUUUUAAAAAGAAGAGACUCAAAGUGUUGGACAGCUGCAAUUUUGAAAGAAAUAUUGCUUACUAUAGUAUCUGUAAAAGCAAAAAAAAAGAAAAAAAGAGUCGUUGUUUGAGGCGUUGCCUUUUUAAAGCAAUAGGGGAGAAUGAAAAUAGCAUUAGGACUUGUGAAUCCCAAUGAUAGGUUCGUGUGAUGCAGGGUCAGAGUAACACCACUGGAACUGUGUGUCUGUCCCAUCAAAUGUAGAAUUAUCUGGUCUUAGUUCUGUUUGUCAGGAAGCCACUGACAUGAUGCACCUUCAUGUUCUCUGAAGGUUAAACAGGUAAACAAACCCCUGGUGAGCGACUGGAGAGAGGGGCAGAUCCUCCUUGGCUGCAGCUUCCUGGUAAAUCCCAGUUUUCUGCUUUCCCACAUCAUCAUCUUACCAAAAGGAAGUAACAAAUAACUGGGGAGUCAGACACUUGGUUCUGUGGUGUCAGUGGUUGGGGGUUUCUGUCUGCUUUACCUUUUCUUUGUGCAUCGAGAGGUACGAGGCAGGAGCUGAGACCUCGCCUGUUCCCAGGGUGUUUGUGGAAGGCUGUUUCCUUCUUUUUGGAAGACCACAGUGAGCAAUUUGCAGUUGGUGGAUCACCUUUUGGUUUGACAUUAAUUAGCCAUGGUGGAACAGAUGCUGGUGUGAUGGUACCAGGAGAAGUGAACGUGAUCUGGAGUAAGUGAAAGAAUUGGUGGAGAGCGUCUCCUGGAAUUUAGCCUUUCUUCUGGUUUUUUUCCAUGUUAUGGGAUUCUUCUUUGUCUCUCUGUCUCUGCACUUCCUUGGAAAUUAAGCCUCAUUUUUAUAGCAUUGCAAUUCAGUUGUGGUUUGUUGUAGCUGAUCUGGAGUUAUUGCAGUUUGUUCUCUUGUGGGUUCCCUUGAAGUGGGUCUGGUGGCAGACCAGAUCUACCUUUUUGUUCUGUGAAUAGAGAAGAAAUUAUUUAAGAUGCUCCUCCUCUAUGGUGGGCACAGGUUGCUUUUAACUUUGUAGGAUAACUUCUGGCUGUUAUUUUUUCCCUCAUUAAGUCCUUAUACUUGAGUUGUUGUCUCUUACCGUCUUCUUAAAACAACAAUUUCUACCUCCACUUCUUUUAUAGAUUGGUUUUUUUUAAUUCCCCCACCUUUUUCUCCUGAAGUGUGAGAUCCCAAACGUUUGCAAAAGCAUUAUGAGUUGAUAAAAAUCAGCAGACUUGUCUCUGUUGUUCUUCUGAAUACUCUAUGAACACACGUGUGAUUAUAGUGAAAUCCCAUUACUCGUGUUGCCUGUGAGUCAGCAGUGCACCCUUGCAGCAAUUAAGGGACCUCAUUAAGAGCCUUCAACAGGUCAUGGAAAGGGAUUAGACCCUUCUCUCCAGCGUUUGGGGGACCCUUGUGUGGGCAGGAGAUGUGAGGGUUGGAGCCCAAAUUACGUGGAGGGAGGUGGUAAGAGCUGGGUCUGUCCAGGGCUGGCUCUGGGGAUGUCCUGUAUUUUGGUUUUUGACCGUCUUAAUAGGUUGGUUUUAAUUGGGUGGGGCCUGUGCAGGGUCAGGAGUUGGACUUCAGUGAUCCUCACAGGUCCAUUCCAACUCAGGAUAACUUUGUGGCUCCAGGGGAGACGGAGCCAGGCUCUUCUCAGAGGGGCACGGCAAAGUCGUGAGGGGCAGUGGGCUAAAGUUGCAUCAAAGAAAAUCCCAGAUGAAUAUAAAGAGAAAUAUUUUCCUACUCAGAGUGGCAGAACAACAACCCAGAAAGGCAGUAGAAUUCCCAUCCUUGGGGAUAUUCAAAACUCAACUGGACAGGGUUGGAUUAGAGACCUCCAGGGGUCUCCUCUGACCUAAAUUAUUGUGUGAUUCUGUACAGAGCUGCUCAGGUUGGGCUGUUCCCUAGUUCUGAUUUCUACAUGUUGACUUCUUGAAAGAAAUCCUCUUAAUUUGUUGGGGUUUUAUUUCUGUUUUGCUGUUCAUAAAAGUCAAGUGUUCUAGUUUACUAAUAGAGAGGAGCUUUAUUUGCAGGGUCUGGCUCCAGGCUCCGAUCAAGCCAUAAGUUAGAACUUUCAUUAAUUAUUUGCUCUGUUUACACAGUUCUUCAGGGAUAUUUGACUUACUCUGUUUGUUUCAUUGCCUAACAUAAGACUGGUAAGUUUUUCAUGUUUUUGUAACAUUUGUGAUUUGUAGGUCAGUUUUUGCCUUCGUUUGUGAGGGUUCAUCCCUGUCUUGCUGCUGAAAAGUUCCACGUAGCUGAACUUGUUAGAGGAGAAAUUGUGGUUAACUUAAGCCCACUGGUGACUCCUGUGAUAAGCUACAAAUUCUGGGUCAGUAAAUCACAAAUUGGCGAUUAUCAGAAGCUGAAAGGGUUUGACUGGGAAAAAGUCACAUUAUAAUUACUUGGACCCUUCUUCCUUAAGUGUUUGCUGUUGGCCACUGCUAGAAAAAAACAAACCCAUGGUACUUGUAACAGGGUUUCAUAAGGUUGCAAUUUUCAUAUAGAUAAAACCACUAAAACUGGUGUAAGAAUUCCCAAAACUCAAAAUUAGUUGCUGCCUUAAUGCAGGAUUGUGGUUCCUUUGCACUCCAGUGCAAAGCUGGAGUCACACUUUUCUCUACAGAUUACUUAAGAUUCAGUGUGGGAUUUUGCCCAUAAUCUUGAGCUGUGGAUGUUCAGUUGGAAACCCCCCCACCCUCCCUUUAUCCCUGGAAUUGAGCUUGCUUUAAUUAAUAAUUUUCUUAGCAGAAGGUUUAUGUUCCUCCUCCCAGCCCAACUCCAUCACGGUGCAGCCCUCACCUCCCAGUGCUCAUCAGCUUCUUUCAAACUCACUGAAUAAUUAACCAGCAAACUUUAGGGUUUUUUGUUAAAAUAAAACUUUGCUCUUAUUUCAAGCCAAGCUUUUGCACUCUGAAGUUAUUUAGCUUGAUAAUAUUAUUUUGAUCAAAGUCUUAAACUCAUAGGCAAUAAUCUUUGGUUUGGGGUAGCUUUUGGCAGGAAACUUUUGGUGGUGGGAUUGGUCCUAAAACUGUGUUCCACAUCAGUGACCUUAAUAUGUGUUGACUGCCCAGAUUUUGUGUGUGUUUGUGGCAGCAGUCAGGGCUGUGUCCUGAUCCCAGCCAUUUUAGUGGAGUUUUGUGGAGUUGGGAGUUUUCACUGUGAUCCCUUGGAAGGGAAGGUUGAGGGCCUGGCCAAAAAAGUACCUCGCAGUUCCCAAGAAGAGUUACAGAGACAUUUCAAACUAGAGCAUUCCCCCUUGGGCUUUUUAGCAGCUGGGAUAUUUACUCAGGAUUCUUGGCCAACAGGCAUUUGGCACAGCCCUAAAACCUUCAUUUUAGCCUCUCCUACUGUUGUCAAAUUCAUGGGGUUUAAACUGUCUGCCUAAAGAUGUUGCACAUUGAUGAAAACCAGAGGCUUUCUAGAGAUGGCAGCUACAAAUCCAAAUUUGAAAUGCACAGAAAUUACCUUCUUUGUGAGAAAUGUGUUAUAACUAGAAGAGCUGGGUUGGGUGUUUUGAGGACUGUCGAUAACGUGACAGCGAUUUGAUGUUGGUUUUUGUCCAACCAAAAUACAAAUCAAAUCAAACCAGUGGAAGUUGUGUCAGUGGCACCAGUGAGACAGAGGCCUUGUCACUUAAAAAUAGCCUGGAUUUGUUUGUUCCUGCCUGUUUUCAUGUGGCUUUUAUCAGAGAAUCGUGGAAUGGUUUGGGUGGGAAGAGACUUUAAAGACCAGCUCAUUCCACCCCUGCCAUGGGCAGGGACAUCUUCCACUAGCCCAGGUUGCUCCAAGCCCUGUCCAGCCUGGCCUUGGACACUUGCAGAGAUGGGGAAGCCACAACUGCCAUGGAGGUAGAAAAGGCUUUGCCAUUUGCAGUGCAGGGGGAAAAUUCACAAAACACUUUAUAACGCCCCUUUUCAUGAGGCUGAUCCAGAAAACGAACUAAUGGGUUGGAUGGCUGCAGUGUUGGGCUUUAUCCCAUUCUUUCAGGAAGGUCUGGAGUGCUCCAGCCAACAGCUUAAGCAGGAAUGAACCAAAAGCAUUGAACUGGAGUGAGCUGGUGAUGGGGCCUUUGAUGUUUCUGUAUGUACAGUGCAUCCCUCCCUCAGAUGGCUUGGCAGGAGCCUCUCCCUGCCAUUUAUUCCCUCUCACUUCCAUGGCAGCGGGGUGUAUCCUGCUGAUCAAAACACCCAGCACACUUGUGCUAAAUCCUUUCAAACUGCAGCCAGGGUAAUUGGGAUGGGCAGGAUAAAUGCAUGGGAGUAUGGCAGGAGAAGUGAUGGCAGCUCCUCUGAAUGACUGGGUGUCCCUGACGUGUAAUUAGCUGCUUCAGAACGCCGGGGAUUGGCACGGUCGUGAUUAAAAGGAUUUCUGUCUUUUCUGUGACUGAAAGCAGGAGAUCCUCCGCCCCCCUAAUUCUCUUUAAUACCACUGUUAUUAGUGACACUUGGAACGCAGACCCUCUGUAAACUUAAAUAAUGACCUAAAUGAAUGGUGACUUACAACAGCAGGGGCUGAGCUGAGGCCAGUUUUCUAUGCAAAGCUGCUUCUCCCGGUUUUCUGUUCCCCGCUCCGUGUACGUGUCGCUUCUCAGUGAGUUUUGGAGACAAAAAAAGGACAUUUAGUUAUGUGACAGGUUGUCCAGGGGCUGGUUUAGCUCUCCUCGUUGUUCUUUUGGGGUUGUAGAGUUGAGGAAGGUGGGCUGUGAACUCCUCUGAACUCAUCCCGUGUUGUCACCUCUGCGCCGUUUGGUCUCCGGUUCCUCGGAGCAGGGAUUGGAACCGGCUCUUGUGUCCCCCUCCAAAUUCCCCUCCCUGGUGUCUCUUUGGAAGCCUUCACCAGCACUUGUUGCCACGUUGUCCUCGAGUUCUCUGCUGUCCCAGUUAAUGUGCUGUAGGGACAGGAGGGAACUCCCCUUUUCCUUAAAAAACCUGGAAAUAUCCUGCACCUGCAGGGUUGGCUGGACACCAUCCCUGCCAACCACCGAGGGUGUGUGGUGGUGACCCAAAAUAACAUCAUUUUUCCCUGAGAAGUUGUUAGCUUCUCAAAAAGGCAUCUGCCAGAGGGUUUUCUGUGCCUUUUAAUUCUGUUCCUGUGAAUAUUUGCUGGCCCGUGAGCACUGCAGAGCCUGAGCUCCAUUUUUACCCUCAAGUUGACCAAAUUUUUCCACAGUGCUGUUCUCCCACUGCAGUCACUUAUCAGACAGGUUUCCGGGAUUUUUGGUAUGUAAAGAGAUUCUUAGUCAAAUUCAGUAAAAUGAGCACCAUCAGAAAAGAAUUUAGGCACUUCCUCAAGCUCUUACUUAAAUCUUCCAGUUACUUCUCAGCUUCUUUGCACUGAAAUCCUGGCGUAACUCUCACCCAGUGUCACUGUGGUUCAGAGCAGAGCUGUGGGUACUUCAGUUCUUCCAGCACUACACUCACAAGUACCAGUGGGAACAACUUCUUUUCAAGAAUGUACAUUUUUAGGUGUUCAGUUGCUGCUGUCACCGGCCUCAAUUCAGCUUCCUGCCCUCCUCUCCCUUCUGCUCAACUAAUUAAAGUCUUCCAUGUAACGCUGAGAUGGCACAUGGAGCUUAAAUAACCCACCUCUUUAAUUAAGAGGUUGAAUUCAGCCUUCUGAGAUAUAUUUGACAUCGUUUGAGAUUUAAAAAUACAUUUCACUUACACAGUUUAUCCGUCAGAUCGCUCGAGGAGGGCAAAGAGAUAAUGAAAGUAAAUUAUUAAUUAAUAUCUCUCACCCAGUAUAUUCCAUUAAGAAUAUUAAGCAUAUAUUCCACUCCUUCAAAGCACGUUUGACUUUGGAUAUGAUAUUUUUUCUAAGUCUGCUGGUGAAGUUGCUGCUCUCUCUCUCUCUCUCUUUGACAGGGCUGUAGUGACAGGCUCGAAAAGAUCCUCCAGGAGCAAACCAGAGCCAGGAAUUCUGAGUAUCCACUCACUGACCAGGUUUUCCAUUCCAUGGCAAGUGAGCAGAUCUUUUCAAGCCCAAACUGACGUGCUCUCUCCCCGACACGUUCCAAGCUGUUCUGCUCUUUAAAAGGUUUGGUGGAAUUUGGGAGUGGAAAACCAGCAGCAGGAGCGUCUCACCUUUCCCUGUGUUGGAUGGAGGGGGCUGAGUUUAGGUGGAGCUACACUGGGGUCAGUGGUGAAGAGGAAAUUCCACAUAUUGCUGGCAAAGACCCAGCAUAAAAUCUGGAACUGCCCCUUGAGAAGAGGAAGCAUCUUGGAAUCUUUUAUUGGUGUGGUAACUGAAGCAGUUGAGGAGUUGUCAUUGGAAUUUUGAGCCAUUCCUUUUGUUCAGUUUGUUGCAGGGGCAGUUCCCAGAAUCCCAGAAUGGUUUGGGUUGGAAGGAACCUUAAAGAUCAUCCAGUUCCACCCCUGCCAUGGGCAGGGACACCUUCCACUAGCCCAGGUUGCUCCAAGCCCUGUCCAACCUGGCCUUGGACACUUCCAGGGACCCAGGGACAGCCACAACUUCUCUGGGCAACCUGUGCCAGGGCCUCCCCACCCUCACAGCCAACAAUUCCUUCCCAAUCUCCCAUCUGUCCCUGACCUCUGGCAUUGGGAAGCCAUUCCCUGUGUCCUGUCCCUCCAUCCCUUGUGCCAAGUCCCUCUCCAGCUUUCCUGGAGCCCCUUUAGGCUCUGGAAGGUGCUAGAAGGUCUCCCAGAGAGUUGCCUUUCAGUUUAACUAAACACUUCCAUCUUGUCACAUCUGCUUAUUAGAGCUUUUUAAGUCACAGUCCUCUUUGUCCAGGUGCUUGGAGAAGAUAAAUGCUCUUGAGAUGAGGGAAUGUUUCUAAAUCCAUUGGAUGUAUAUGGCAAAGUUUUCAUAGGAAUGAUGUGAAAAAGAAACUUCAGUUAGGGGAUUUUUUUUUUAAUUUCUCUUUUGUUGUUGCAUUUGGAAGGGCAGGACGGUUUAUCCAUCCCCUUGGAUGAAGUUUAUGGAGUAGGGAGUUUGCAUGGGGACUGUGGGAGGCCACCUGACAUUCGGGGUCUCCUCAUAGGUGACAGACCGGUCCCUUCUGGCCUUAAUUGUAAAUCUGUGACUCCAAAGAGGUGGAUCUGUCUUUUACCUUCAUAACUCCUUCGCUCCAUUGAAUAAUCUGCAGAGAUCUGAGUUCUGGAGGGGUUCUGUGCAGCGAGAACUUUCCAUCAGAGAACAUGUUGUGCCUUAUUGUCUGUACCCCAAGUUCCGGUUCCGUUGAUAAAUCUCUUUUACCAUUACCCAAAAUCAUUGAACGUGAACAAAGUCUGAUCAGUCACAGCCCUUUUCUUUCCAGCUGCACUGCCUCAAGCAACUGAUUUCCACAAAUCCUUUCAUCAAAUUGCCAGAGUGCUUCAAAAAAAAUCUCUCACAGCCAGCACAAGUCCUCUUGCUAAACUGAUGUCUCCUUUCUUUCCUUCGUGGGGCCUGAAUUCCCUUGAAGGAAUUCCAGUGGAGUGUUCUCAGCUGUCCCUCCUCCAGCAGCUCUGAUCAUUCACUUUCAAGUUGAUUCUUGAUCCUGAAUUUAUCACGUGUUAUUUUCCCCAACUUCAAUGCUGCUUCCACAGGUAAUUUUUUCUCUCCUCUGUCCAAGCUCCUUCACAUCCUGCUCAUCCUCUUUUUCCUGAUUUACCAAUGGUUUUUCCAUACUGAAGUGCUCUGACCCAAACCUGUUGGUUUUACAGUCCCCAAAUACAGGACAUAUAUUGUUUCCACCCUAAUAAACAAUCCAGUGUAGGGUUGAAGCUUAAGUUUCAUCCAGCCUUACAAAAUCUUCCCCACUUUCUGCUCCAGGGUUUUCCCAGCAUGGAUAACUAGCAGCACUCCUCCCUUCCCUCACUGCAGUUUGGAUGCCUAGAUAAGAAAAUCAGGGAAAUAGUAACUUUUAAGUAUAAUAAUUUUAAUUAUUUCUUGGACUUCUUCAAUUAUUCCUUGCCCUCUCUGUCUUGGUGACUUGUGCCAUUUUCUUUCUCACAGAGUCCCAGAGUGGUUUGGGUUGGAAGGGACCUUAAAAACCACUUUGUUCCACCCCCUGCCAUGGGCAGGGACAGCUUCCACUAUCCCAGGUUGCUCCCAAGCCCCAUCCAACCUGGUCUUCUCCUUCUGUUUUUCCUGUACAGGCACUUUAUUACCUUCAAACAGCAUAUUUCUGGUUAAACCUCUUUGAAUUCCCUUAAUAUUCUUUCAGUCCAAGUUCAGAGACACCUUCCCUUUGGCCCCUCAGGUGGUGCUGUAUCCAUUACUAAACUGAAGUCUAAAUUUAUGUUCUCCACAGCAGAGAAUAAACAUGACCAGUUUUGCUUACUUUCACCACUUAAAAAAAAUAAAUUAGUUCAUAAAUUCAGCCAAUUUACAGCAGGUUCUUCACUUGCAGCCUCCUGUGUGUGAUAUAAGGUGGUUGGACCAUGGGAGAGGAACAAGGUGGGAUCAUCUUUUUCAUGGCAUCAUAGAAUGGUUUGGGUUGGAAGGGACCUUAAAUCUCAUCUUGUUCCCACCCCCUGCCAUGGGCAGGGACACCUUCCAUAGUCCAGGUUGCUCCAAACCUUUCUUGUUCCAUUUUGUUUUGUCUUGCUUGCCCUUAGUGUUGGAACCUGUUUUAAAUUGGAGUGGAUUUUCCUGGUUCAGCUGCUGUUGCCUGCUUUUAACGGGAGGGUUUGGGACAGGAUGCCUGGAUUUGCACAGCUCUCCCUUUGUCACUUCGUUCACCCAGGGUUUAGGAUCACUUUUUGCAGCCAGAGUAGCUUCUUAUUGUUGUUGCUAUUGAGUUACUUUAGAUUUGAUUGGAAAAAACUUGAAGUUUUACUUUUCUAAAUGAAAAAUCAGAGUUUGGAUUUUGAGCUUCCCAUCUUUCAGUGGAUAACACUGAAAGUUUCUCCUUCCUUUUUUUUAUUUUGGCUUCUGCCUAAAUUUGGGUGUCAUCUCCAGAGAUUUGUGGUGAACCAAAGCUGGUGACUGGUUUUUAGUUGCUGUGGGACCAGAGCCCUGUUUGGUCCUUCCUGAGGGACAGGUUUUCCCUUCCAUCAAUACCAACCAUCAAUACCGUUGCAAUAGCAACCCCAAAAAGCAAAAACCCUUUUUUUGCCUUGAUUUUGGCUCCAGGAACGUCUCCUCAAAGCCAACCCUCCUUAAUUUUGCUGCCAGAGUUGCCCUGGGUGGUUCCAGGCAGCACUUUUCCCACCAGUGCUGCUGGCUCAGGCUGGCAGAGCCCCAGAUCCCUCUGGAAGUCGGAUGUCACAUCCAGCAGGAUGAAGCCCCAGACCCACCCUGGGAAAGGCUCUUACCUUAAGGAUAAUCCAGGAAUGACAGGUUUAAACUCCGUGGAGUUCCAUAGCAGGGGUGACAAGGACAAGUCAGUGGUGGCCGUGGGGAGCACUGUUUUCCUGACAAAUUGCCUUGGCUGUCUUCCUCUUGGUCUUUAUGAUCUUCCCAAAGCUUCUGGAAGCCCUGGGAAGUGUGAAAUAUGUGCAGUACUUUUUGAAUUUUAGGUUUUUGGUUUUGGGUUUUUGUUUUGUUUUUCUUAGUGUCAAUUUUAAAAGUGCCUAAGUGAGGAACAGGACUCCAGAAUGAGCUGGAGGAAUAGGAUUAGACCUCAUUUCCCUCUUGAGAAAAGAGCCCUCCCUGCAUCCCUCCACACAUCCCUCCAGAUGAGUCCAGAGCCCAGCAGAUUCCGGCUGGAAAAAUCUCUGCUCCUUCCUCCUCUUGGUUUUCAAUCUUUUGGGGAGGGGGGGAAUCUCAUUUCUCAGCCAAACCUUUGCAAUCUCUGAUUUGGAGCGGAUGGCAAAGAGGGGGGAAGCCUGGAUAGAGUUCAGUAGGAAACUGCCUCUUGGAUUGCAGAUCCGGAGGGCUUUGUGUGUUAAACAUCCACCUCUGGAUACCCAGACUCUGGAUGGAAAAAGCUAAAAUGCAUCUUUAAUCUCCCAUUUUGGAAUCAUGGAACGGUUUGGGCUGGAAGGGACCAGUUCCACCCCCUGCCAUGGGCAGGGACACCUUCCACUAUCCCAGGUUGCUCCAAGUCCCUUCCAACCUGUCCUUGGACACUUCCAGGGAUGGGGCAGCCAAAACCUCUCUGGAAUCCCAGAGGCAGUUUCUUCCUAUAUUCUGAGUUAUUUCUAGGUUUAUCAUAGUGGCACCUGCUAAACACUUUGUCAAAAUAAUCCUGACUGUUGGCAGGUGGUUAUAAUUUUGUAAAGGUGGAGAAUUUUAUGUGGGUUUUAAAAGGAAAAAAAAAAAAAAGAUAUCGAUGGUAGUUUAAAAAAUUAUGUUAAAGGAGAAUUUCUUCUGACCAGAGUGAAAGGAGAUUACAGAACACUAUGAAGGUGUUUUUAGUACCACUUAAGGGUUCAGCAAAUGAAAGCAAUCCAUAUGUAGAUGUUUUAUUUUUCAUUAGGAGCAAAAUGUUUUCACUCCGACAGCUGAACAUCCGAGGUGGGAAAGCCUGGGGAAUGUCUGUUGGCAAGGAAAGCUGGGAGGACUCUUCUGCAGAGGGCAGAAAAUCAGCCUGCAGGGCGUGGAUGGGAGUUGAUAGAAGCAAUGAUCCUGUGGGGAUCCAUUGCUGGGAUCCUGAUGGAAAUCAGGAGUUUGUGGCACACGCGGCCCCUUCCCCUGCUCUGAGAUGCCUUUUUGAACUGCUACUCUUCUCUGAACCAAGUGAUUGUCACGGACAGCGGGUGACAGCAGAUCAGUGUAGGGAGUGUUGCAAACCUGCGAGUGAAAGGGUGGUGGAACAGCAUCAGAGCCACACGAAAAUGGACCAAACCCCCAGCAGAGCACGGGGGUGUGUCGCGUUCCUCCUGUCCUAUUUUGUGUGUCUUGGUUUUGUCCCACUGAUGGUGGCUUGGGGGUCGUGCCAGCCGUGCCUCCAGGCCAUGGUGGGGGCGUGUGGGAUGGCUCCAGUCGCCUCCUGUCACUCCCAUGUGCCACCAGAUCAGUGAUCCAAGAGCGUCCCACCCCUGCUGGUCGCUCCAGCGGGUCCUUUCCUGUCCGUUCCUUCCUCUUGUCGGCAUCUCCCACCUUUUCCCGUUCGUUUGCCCCGACCAAGCUGGCCCCCCGUGUCUCAUCUGCUGUAGGUGUCCCACCUACCUCAAGAGGCAAAACAUGGGAUCCUGGAGUGGGGUGUUCCCACUCUGGUCUGUUUUCCAUGAGCACUCGCACACACACACACACACACACACACACACACACACACACACACACUGGAAUGUAUAUUCUCCUCCCCUCCGCCCCCAAAUAACCUCUUGACCUGAUCCUUGCUGUAGCCACCACCAACUCCUCUUGCAAAUUGGAUGCUGCUUUAAAUGUGAAAACAAAUGUUCAAGAAGCUAUAAAACCUGAAUGAAAGCUAAAGCUGAAUUUAUAAAGCCUUGUUGCAUAUGAGCCAAAAGUGCAAAAAGCUCUAUAUAAUGAACUAACCUGCCACUCAUAUAAAUAUAAAUAUAUAUAAAUAUAUUAAAAUCAGACUGUUCUACAAAAUUGUGUAUUUGUAUUUUUGUGUACGUACAAUUUUCUGCUAAGCAGAAGGAGGAUGUAGUAUAGGAUGAUGUGAGAAGAGAUUUUGUUUAAUCAUAUUUCUUUGUUACUUAUUUUUGUUAACAUCCAGAUGCCUGUCUUUGUCUUAUGUGUAUGACACUGUUCCAAAGGUGCAGUAUCCCUCUCCCGCCCCGCCUUCAGCCUCCUCCACCGGUAACGAGUCAGGUGAUGCUGCUCAUCAUCAUCAUCACCAUCAUCAUCACCAUCAUCAUCAUCAUCAAACCCUUCAGGUACACCCUGGUCUUGAUCUUAAGGGCUGCUUGUUCAGCUUAAAGACGAGGCAUUUCACGUUGCUCAUCAUCAUGAAGUCAGAUGUUCCUGUGCUGGUUGAUCCCUUCCCACACGGUUGUUUCUCUGAGCACCAUCCCGUGGUGUCCUUGCUGCUGGCCCUCAGCCUGACAUUUUGAGGGGGGGGGAAAUGUGAAGUUGGGGUAAAGUCUGGGGGGAGGAUGAACAACAGAUCCUCGUGGUGGGAAGUUGCUUGUGGGUAAAGAGAUGCCAGAGAAGCAGUGGGGUGUCCCAGGGGGUGGAUCUGUGGCAACACCAGGAAGGGGCCACGGGGAGGUUUGUUCCCCACAGUUGGCUGCUGAGGGGGAGCUUUGCUUUCAGGAAGGCAGGUUGGGAGAGGUUGUAACUCUCCCUGUGCUGCUUCAGGAACAUCCUUCCAUCCCAGGAGCAUCUCUGGUGGCUUUGGGGUAGUUUGGGCCUCUGAUUUAAGGGCAGCUGGAGCAGCCUUGUGAGAACAGGGUCCAUCUCCUCACGAUGCCCUUGCAGUGAAGGCACUGAUGGUUCAGAAUAUCCCAAAAACCACCUCCAAAUCACUGCCUUGACCUGCGAGGUGCCAGUGGCUCGUUGCAAGGACAGAAGGAAUAGUUUUAAGAAAACUUGAGACCCCUUGGUGUGUUUGGGUAUUGUUACUUAUCCAGGGAAAGAAAGGGUCAGAGGAGCACUGGAUACAGCCAGGAUGCAGUGGGAUAACUAAUGCAGAGCUUUGGGCACGAGGUGAUGGAAGUUCCCCUUCAGUUCCCCCCUCCCAGACCCUUGAGGAAACCAGCCCAGUGUUCCCACCCCAAAAUGCAGGUGAGGGUUUAUGUCCAUCACACCUUCCUCUGCUGGCAGGUGCUGCAGAAGCCCCAAGUAUCAACCUCCUCCCUUGUGUCCUUUCCUGGUUUUUUUUUUUCCUUUUUAAUUUAAUUGGAUGGUUUGAACCACCCCGCGGCCCGGGAGAGCGAUACUGCACCUUUCCACGUAGGGCUCAUAUUUAUAACAAUGUGUAAUGACUGUAGCAAAAGUCCUUGUUUCUGUAUGUGAAUGGACAGAGAAACAAGUGCUCUAUUGUAUUGAUUAAAAUAGUUCAAAUGAGUCCUGUAUCAUUGUAUCUCCUAUUCUGGAUUAGUGCCUUUUGGACAGUAGACUGUUCUGUAAUUAAAAUGUAGUAUAACUGCUUUUUUGUACAGUUUUGUUUUAAUAAAACUUUUUUUUAAUUUGUGUUUAUUUUAGUAUUGUACCUAUUAGAAAAUAAAAAUGUAUAACUCGACACUGA